AUGGCAGGCACGCAACUUCAUCCCAAUGAUUACACUAUCGGCUGGAUAAGUGCCCUGCCCAUCGAGCUGGCUGCUGCUCAAGCGCUCCUGGACGAAACUCACACAGUCCCGUCACAAGGUCUCCUAGAUACAAACAUCUACACCUUCGGUAAGAUUGUCGGCCAUAACGUCGUUAUUGCUGCUCUCCCGCAUGCCCGCAUCGGCCCCAGCCCCGCAGCAUGGGUGGCGGCGGAGAUGAAGGCCGCAUUUCCGAACCUCCAAUUUAUGCUCAUGGUUGGAGUCGGAGGUGGUGCCCCGCGAAGAGAUGCGGAUAUUAGACUUGGCGAUGUGGUGGUCGGUCUGCCAAAUCAGGCCCAUGGAGGCGUCGUACAAUAUGACUCGGGGAAGAUGACGACGACUGGUUUUCAGCGGACGGGCUUCUUGAAUAGCCCGCCGAGUAAAUUGCUCAAGGCCAUUACGCAGCUUAUGGCAAGCCGCUUUCAGGGGCGAGACUUGAUCGCAGAACACCUAUUGCGAGUGAAUAAGCUGGAAGGGCUUCGGCGAGAGAACGCAGGACCAGAUGUUCUAUUCCACGCAGCCUACGAUCACGCUGGUGGAGAAACAUGCGCUGAAUGUGAUGAGACUAAGUGUCUUACGAGGAAACCACGCGACAAAAAUGUAGUCAUACAUUAUGGAACCAUCGCUUCAGGGAACAGGGUUAUCAAAAAUGCCCGUGAGAGAGAACAAUUAAGUGAGGAACUCGGCGGAGUGAUUUGCUUUGAAAUGGAAGCCGCAGGACUUGUCAACGAUUUCCAUUGCCUUAUCAUUCGAGGGAUAUGUGAUUACGCCGACUCACAUAAGAACAAGAGCUGGCAAGGCUAUGCUUCUGCCACAGCCGCUGCAUAUGCGAAGACUUUGAUCUCCAUGUUCCCUCCAAUUGGGGAUCUUAACGACAGUGUCAAAACUCUAAAAAUCUCUACUUUGCGAACAAGCGUAGGCUUGAAAGUCUUGCUUGGCUCUCCUCGUCCCCUUAUAGCAGAACACACCGACAGAUCCGCCACUCGGCUGCUCCCAACACAGGCGCCUGGCCUUUUAUGCGACAGGAAUUUAGACAGUGGAAGGAACAACCGGAUUCAUCCGUCUUCUGGCUUCAGGGACUUCGUCCACUGUCAUCGACCAAAUCGCACACUGUAUCGAGAACGACACCACCCAAAUGCUGAAUUAUUUUUAUUUCUCGAACAUCAAUUCCCCGAAAAAUGCGUCAAUUGUCCUCACAUUUCUUCACCAACUUCUUUCCCGCAUGUCCCUGGGCUAUAA